AUGGCACCUCUCGUGAAGACCGCCCUUGUGGCAGCAGCUCUCGCCAGCUCCGCCGUGAGCGCUCCUUCGAGCCUCCACAUUGGAACCCCUGCCAACACCCCCGACAACCUGGGCCCGGGCAAGGCCUCCUUCAAGCAGGUCCGCAACCCCAACUACAAGUUCAACGGUGCUCUGUCCGUCAAGAAGACCUACCUCAAGUAUGGCAAGCCCGUGCCGGACUGGCUCGAGGCUGCCGUUGCCAACAUCACGGCUGAGCUUGGUCUCGAGGGUCGCUCCACUGGCUCUGCCAGCGCCACCCCCAUCGACUCCUUCGACGAUGCCUACAUCACCCCCGUCCAGAUCGGCACCCCGGCCCAGACCCUGAACUUGGACUUUGACACUGGUUCCUCCGACCUGUGGGUCUUCUCCAGCUCUACGCCCUCCAGCGAGGUCAACGGCCAGACCGUCUACAACCCCUCCAAGAGCAGCACCGCCAAGCUCCUGAGCGGUGCCACGUGGAGCAUCACCUACGGUGACGGUUCCUCCUCCAGCGGAAAGGUCUACACCGACAAGGUCACCGUUGGUGGUCUGUCCGUGGCCAGCCAGGCCGUCGAGAUCGCCACCACCGUCUCCAGCUCCUUCUCCUCGGAGUCUGAGACCGAUGGCCUGCUCGGCCUGGCGUUCAGCAGCCUGAACACCGUCUCGCCCACCCAGCAGAAGACCUUCUUCGACAACGCCAAGGCGAGCCUGGACUCCCCAGUCUUCACGGCUGAUCUUAAGUACCACACUGCCGGUACUUACAACUUCGGUUUCAUUGAUGACACCGCCCACACCGGGUCCAUCACCUACACCUCGGUGUCAACCUCCCAGGGCUUCUGGGAGUGGAAGUCGACCGGCUACUCGGUCGGGUCCGGCUCGUUCGUGUCGACCACCAUCGACGGCAUCGCCGACACCGGCACGACCCUGCUGUACCUGCCGACCUCGAUCGUCAGCGCGUACUACAAGCAGAUCAGCGGCUCGUCCAACAGCAACACGUACGGCGGCUACGUCUUCCCCUGCAGCGCCACCCCUCCCAGCUUCACCUUCGGCGUCGGCUCCGCCCGCAUCACCAUCCCCGGCAAGGUCAUCAACUACGGCGCCGUCACCACCGGCAGCUCCACCUGCUUCGGCGGCAUCCAGAGCUCCUCCGGCAUCGGCAUCAACAUCUUCGGCGACGUCGCCCUCAAGGCUGCCUUCGUUGUCUUCGAUGGCUCCUCCACCCCCCGUCUGGGAUGGGCCCCCAAGACCGUCUAA